CCUUCGCCUGCACCCAGUGCGGCAAGCGCUUCACCCAGAAAACCAACCUAGUGACGCACCAGAGCACCCACACUGAUGUCCGCCCCUACCCCUGCGGGCAGUGCCAGAAGUGCUUCAAGGACAAGGUCUCUCUCAAAGCCCACCAGAAGACACACGCCCCACGCCAGCGGAGGUGCCCAGGCCGGGGUCCGGCUCCCACUCUGCCCUUCGGGGCUGCGCCCACACUGCUGCAGCCGGGGAGCCUGGAGCAGGAGGCUCCUUUCAGUCCUAUGCCACCUCUGCCUGUUCAGAAGAUCCCCGAAGGCCAAGAGCUGUUCUCGUGCACGGAGAAGGGCUUCCCCUCGAAGGAGCAGCUGCUGCCUGCACAGCAGGCCCCGCUGGGGGAGCAGGCCUUCCCUUGCGUGCAGUGUGGGGAAGGGUUUUGCCCCAAGGUGACUCUGCUCCGGCCACAGCAUGGCCCCACUGCCGAGGCUCCUGCCGGCUGCACUGCGGGCUUCAGCCCUGGCCCUCACCUCCUGGGGCACCUGGGGGUGCAGUCCGUCCUUGGGGAUGGCACGGCCCCCACACCUCCCACCCCCGGAGCGGAGAAGCCCUUCAUCUGCAAUCAGUGCGGCAACAGCUUUGGCCUGUGGAUCUCCCUGGUCGCUCACCAGAAGACUCACUUGGGGCAGAAGUCCUACCAGUGCCCUGAGCACGACAAGAGCUCCGGAGACGAGCUGUCCUCCAAGUCUCCCCAAGAGAAGGACAUGGAGGGGAGAGCCUGGCUGUGCCCCGAGUGCGGGAGAAGCUUCGUGCAGUAUGAGCGUUUGGUAAAGCACCGCCAGAACCACCGGGGCCGGGGGCCUUAUCGCUGCGACGUCUGCGGGAAGAGGUUCAGCCUGAAGACCAACCUGGUGACGCACCAGCGCAUCCACACCGGCGAGCGGCCCUUCACCUGCGGCGUCUGCGGCCGCCGCUUCAACCAGAAGGGCAACCUGGUGACGCACUACCGCACGCACACCGGGGAGCGCCCCUUCGCCUGCACCCAGUGCGGCAAGCGC